AUGCUAAUGAAUCCUGUUGCAAACAAACAUUUACCAAAUAGGAAUAUGGUGAAAAAAGUAAAAGGUAGAACUUUUCACCCUCCUUUGCCUCUUGAAGAAACUUUGAAAAAGCUGCCUAGACCAGAACACCCAAUUAUGGUACGAGUAGACCAAUUAGAAUCUCAAGUAGAUAACUUUGUAGGAGAAAACGAUGGGCUACUAACACAAGUUACAUCAGAAAAAGAGGCUGACUAUGAACAAUAUACUAUUUACCCCUCGCAUGAAAGGAGGAGAAAUGCUCCUAUUUCAGAACUCUACCAAAUGCUCAAAGUCAAUGCUGCUCCAAUUGAUUUUAAAGAUAAAGAUUUAGAUGUAAAGUGCUUUCCUGAUCUUUACGUAGAAGCCGAACAAUAUUUUGAGAUGCUUAAUAAAGAUGAGUUAGAAGGUGACUUAACAGCGAUAUUUGGUAGGCUAAGAAAUACGGAACAGUUUUGGAAAAAACCGAGAAAUGAUGUCAUCUGUAUGACUCAAUACUACGGGCCAGCAACCUGGUUUCUCACCAUGAGUCCUUCGGAAUGGAUGUGGGAUGAUUUAGAGUCUUGGAUUGAUGACCACUAUCCUAAACGGCCUAAAGAAUUGGAGAAUACUAACUUAUAUAGUUUCGCUCAAAAUUACGAUAUUGUUAAAACACACCCAGUCUCCUCUAAAGUCAAGUACUACGAGAUAAAUGAUGGUAAAAAGUUUCUGAAAAGAAGAGCUAAUCCAUAUUUAAUUAAUCACUAUUUCUACGACGGAGAACAAGUACCAGAGAAAUACUUCUUCUCUUUACUUCUUUUAUUCAAGCCAUGGCGUUCCUUAGAUGAACUCAAAAUGGGGUGUGAUACUUACACGGAGGCCUUUAAUUUUGCGAAAGAAGAUUUAAAAGAAGGAAUCGAUUACGGUAAUUCAAUGAUAAAGUCCAGAUACAGGAUACAAAAAGCAUUUGAAAUGAUAGAAUCUAAAGUUGCUGAGAUAAAUGAAGAGAGGGAAAUUGUUGAUAAUGACGACGGUCCUGAAAACCCUUUAGACUUUGAAGCUGUAGAAGCUGCAAACGCAAUGGAUGACUUUCAGAGAAUCAAUCUAGUAGAAGUAAAGCAGACUGAUCUUCAAAGUAUGAUCGCAAAACUCAAUACCGAUCAAAAAAGAGUCUUCGAUAUGAUCACAAAUAAAAUGGACACAACCGAUAGUAACGCUGACGUUUUACGCUGUUUUGUAAGUGGAACUGGUGGCACUAAAAAGAGCUUUUUAAUAAAAACUCUGAAAGUUUGGGUUAAAACGUAUUUAAAUAAAAAAGUGGCAGUUAGUGCUCCAACAGGAAUAGCUGCAUUCAAUGUGAAUGGAUUGACUAUACAUAGGCUUUUGCAGCUGCCUGUGGAACACAAGCAAACACCGAAGUACAAGCCACUUUCUGAUGAAGUGCUCCAAGUUCUGAGAUCAGAUUUGAAAGAAGUAGUAUUGUUUAUCAUAGACGAGGUGUCGAUGAUAUCCAACGUUACUUUGACAUAUAUUCAUUUACGCUUAUCUGAGAUAUUCGACACAAGCGACGAUCAGAAUGGGUGGUUUGGAAAAAAACAUCUUGUAGUUUUCGGAGAUCUCUUACAGCUCCCACCAGUAAGAGAAAAGUCAUCUUUUGAAAAACUGUCAACUGCCGAAUCUAAAAAGUUGUUAGGUUCCCACAGUAUGCCGAAUCUAUGGAUUGAUCUGUUCAUAUAG